UGUUUCACUUCUAUUAAAACUACAUAUGCACAAAGAAACUGAGGGAUUCACUGAAAGUAUCACAAUUAAAACACAGUUUAAAUUUAAAUUUUACACAGUUUGUCAAAAGCUCUGAUAUAUAAGUUGUUAUGACGCAGCUCAAGUGGCAGCUCGGACUAAAUAACCUGUGUGGAGAUGUAUAUUGUGUAUUUUCAGAUAAAAAUCAUGACAAUAAGACAAUCAGCAGUCACUCAACAUCAGUUUUAAGAAGGACUGUUUAUCAGCAGAACAUUUCAGAGAUAAAAUUUAAGAAAUAAAUGUUUGAUCGCUGAAAACUUUCAUCAAGAGACAUGAACGAUAUUUCUGUUUAUUUAUUUGGCCUGCAUGACAUCUACUUUUAAUUCAAAGUGUAUUUGAGUUGUAAUUAUAGAAGUUGUUAUUAAAGUGAAUGUUGAUUUAAAACACUUCCUCAAUGUGAAGAAUGAACUCAUAGUCAGUCUCAAGAUCAUCAUGUUUGGAAACUAAAUUCUCAAUCUGCAAAGUAAAAAUUAACUCUCAGAUAAGUUUAAAUAAAAAGUGGAAAGUCUCUCUUAUCUAUUAAGAGUUGACUGAUCUUGCUAAAUCCUGAUUGGUGUAAGAAAGUAGGUGACAUCACUACUGAGCCCCGCCUUCAAACCAGUCAGAAAAAAACCCACAAAAUACAGAAAUCUCUCAUGAAAUAACUGUUGGCAGAUUAUUAUGUUCAUGUAAGAAGUUAAAGAAGAAGCUGAUUGAGAAAAUAUGUUUUACGGUGUUUUCAGUGCUGACGUCAGUGACGUUAGUAUUUGAAGUACUGCGUUUGUGUGUGUACUUGACAGAAAGUGUGUUUUUUUAGAGACCGUUUGUGUGCUUUUGUGACCUUUGAUCAGUUCAGAACAAACAUGGCGUUCAUCAGCAGAGGAACGAAGCGACUCUUCUUCCUACGACUCCUCAUCGCUUCUAUCCCAGCAUGCACUGGGCUUCCCGGAGGCGUGUUUGUGAGCGGACCCGAGGCGAAUGUUGUCCUGCGUCGCAGUCGUCGGGCGAACUUCCUGCUGGAGGAGCUGAAGACAGGCAAUCUGGAGCGAGAGUGUCAUGAGGAGAAAUGCUCCUACGAGGAGGCCAAGGAGAUCUUUGCACUGCCACAGCAGCUGGAGACCUUCUGGAGGACAUACACUAGCGUGGAUCAAUGCCUGAAGUCUCCCUGUAAGAACGGAGCGACUUGUACUCGCCUGAUCGACACCUACACCUGCAAAUGUCCACCUGGUUUCCAUGGACACAACUGUGACAAAGUGCGUUUGUCCUCCAACGGUUGUCGCUACCGAAAUGGAGGAUGUGAACAUUUCUGCAGAGAGUCACGGGAUCGAUCUCCUAUCUGUUCCUGCGCUGGCGGAUACACUCUGGAUCGGGACAACAGCACCUGCAUGCCUCACGAUGCCGUCCCCUGUGGAAGACUACAGUUGGGAUUUUCCCCCAGGGUUGUUAAUGGGAAGAUCUGUCCCAAAGGACACUGUCCCUGGCAGGCUCUGCUGAGUAAAAAUCACAACUUCACCUGCGGAGCGAUCGUCCUGUCCAGUCAGUGGAUUCUGACUGCAGCACACUGUGUUUGGCAGAACCCUGACGGCAUCUACCACGUCACUGUGGGUGAGCAUGACCAGUGGGCGGACGAGAAGACUGAGCAGAAGCGUCGUGUGGUCAAAGUCCUGAUCCACCAGAACUACAACCACACCAGCUUCGAUUCCGACCUGGCGAUGCUGAAGCUUCACCGUCCUAUCAAACUGGGUCUCUACGUGGUGCCGAUUUGUCUUCAGGCUCAGAACAGUUCCUUUGGCCGGACACUGGCGACCAUCCGACACGCAACUGUAUCUGGUUGGGGCCGCCUGGCACAGCACGGCCCUCCGGCCAGAAUCCUCCAGCGCCUGACGCUGCCGAGAGUCCCGCUGCAGGAGUGCCGCCUCCACACCAAGCUCAACAUCACCAGGAACAUGCUCUGCGCCGGGCGGAGGACCGGCGGGCAAGAUGCCUGCGGCGGUGACAGCGGUGGCCCUCUGGUCACGCUAUACAAGAAAACGUGGUUCCUGACAGGCGUGGUGAGCUGGGGUAAGGGGUGCGCCAAAGAAAACCUGUACGGCGUCUACACCAAAGUGAGCAACUUCCUGGACUGGAUCCAGAAAAUCAUGUCCACCGGAUGAACCUGUUCAGAGUCCGCACUGGCAUGUGACAGUCUUACACCUAAACCAUGAAUUAAAUAAAAGCUAACGCUAGAACGCUAGAGUAUAGUGAAAAGUACAAUACAGUAUUUCACUUAAAUUGAAUUUGAGCUUUAAAAAAUUACACACAAAGUCAAGAACAAACAAGAACUUUUAGUCUGUCUUUUUAAGAGAAAUCAUUCAUAAGCUUUCUGCUAUAUGAAACAAUAAACAUCAAUAAAAAUCUUCACUUUGUAUGCAAACACUUGUGAUUGUG